AUGGCGCCCGCACUGCGCCCGACGGGCCGCUUCUACGCCGCAUUCUAUCGCUGGAGCUGCUCUGCAGUGCGACAUCCCCAUUGCAGCCGCUCCAUACGCCGUUUACCGCCCUGCUUCACCGCUCGUCGCGCCGACCACGCAUAUUCAACGACCAGACGGCUCCUGAACAACAAUGCCACGGCUUCGGCUCCCAAAGCGAGUCGCGAGGAGAGUGGCUCAACCUCCGCAGAUCAGGAGGCGACAUCCCCAGACCAGGUCCAAAUGAAGACUGCCAUGCGCAGCAUCAUGCGCCAAGUUCCGAGCACCGUCAUCGUCAUAACUGCCUUCGCGCAGGACGGGGACAUGAGGCCUCUUCCCCUCGGCAGCGCCAUAUCCUCCCUGACCACCGUUACGCUCGAUCCGCCGCAUGUGUCAUUCAACGUCAAAACCCCGUCGAGGACGCUCGACGCAAUCCGCGAGGCGGGAGGCCGAUUCUGCGUUCACUUCCUCGACAACUCGCUUCUUGCUGCGAAGGUCGCCCAUAACUUCACCGAAGGCAACUCCCUCGAUACCUUGCGCCGCCGCAACGUAUCGUUCAGGUUCGCAUACCCUACCACUAACCACGAGAGACAGCCCCCGAAACUCGUAGCUCACUGCGUGGUUGCUUCCAUGACGUGCCAGUUAGAACAGGAAGCUGCCGUGGCAGAUCACGUUGUCGCCAUAGCAAGCGUGAAGGAACUUGACGCCAGAUCAAAUCCGGAGCCGGCCUUGUUUUAUCAUGCAGGGAGAUUUAAGAGAUAUGACGGCGGCACGUUGUACCACCCGGCCUCUGCUGCCCGCGAUCAGAAUCAGGAGGAGGAGGAUGAGCUGGUAAAAAGGAGGAGGGGGAAAAAGGACAAGAUGGCAGGGAAGACGAGAGAGGUGGAAGAAGAAGAACAGCAGCAGCAGCAGCAGCAGGAGGAGGAGGAGGAGGAGGAGGAGGAGGCUAGGGUCCCGGGAGGUUUAGCACGUGCUGCAACGCUUGUAUACUAUCUUGUUGGGGGCGAAGUGUGCGCAUACUGA